AUGCGUGCUGUUUCGCCAAGGGAGCACUGGACUGCAGCGGGUGGGUUCCCGUUGCGCGUCGGUCCUGCGGAAGGGAAGGGCAAUGGCGUCUUCGCCGCGUGUACCAUUCCUGAAGGCCACUUUCUCGGUUUGUACGAGGGAGAGAUGAUGAACGAUGAGGCUAUGAACGCGAGGGGGGUUGGGUCCUACGUCUUCGACGUGGGCAACGGCUGGAGCAUUGACGCACGCGAUCCAGAUGCUUCGAAUUGGGCGCGGUAUAUGAACCACUCGAAGACACAUCGGAACGUCGUGGCCAGGGUGCGGCGUGGGGAGUCGUACAUGAUGGUGCUGAGCUACGAGGAGCACGCCGAGGGCGGCUGGGAAGACUUAGAGCUGGAUGGGACACGCGUGGAAUUGUACACCACUCGGAAGUUGCAAGUUGGGGAGGAGUUACUGCUCGACUAUGGGCCUGCCUACUUGGCAAGUAUGGAGAUUGUGAUCAACGGAUAG